AUGAUAGCAUUGAGUGUUCGGCAUCAGAUAGAAAACGAUCCUGCUUACAAGGUAAAAGCUAUUGUGGCGGAUAUUGAAAAUAGAUUUCAUGUGAAAGUUAGUUACAAGAAAGCAUGGUAUGCUCGGAGGACAGCUAUUGAGCUUGUAUAUGGUGGUUGGGAGUGGUCAUUCAAAGUUUUACCGUCUUAUUUGAAUGAAAUGCAGAGACAAAAUCCUGGUAUAAUUGUCGAAUGGUUGCACGAUGACAGAUUAAGCCGAGGUGUGAACAAGGUUUUCAAGUACGUAUUUUGGGCUUUUGGACCAGCUGUGGAGGCUUUUCAACUAUGCAAACCAGUUUUAACAGUUGAUGGAACUCAUCUACAUGGACGAUGUCGAGGUAAAAUUCUUAUUGCCGUUGGAUUUGAUGCUAAUAAGAAAUGUUUGCCGGUUGCAUUUGCCAUUGUUGAUGAGAAAACCAAAGAAAGUUGGAAUUGGUUUAUGGAACGCAUAAGACUGCAUGUAGCAAAGCAUGAAAUAUGUGUAAUUUCGGAUAGGCAUGUGGGAAUCAUAGAUGCAAUGAAUUCUCCCAUAUGGAAAGAAGAACCUAAAGGUUAUCACAGGUUUUGCUUGGUACAUGUUAGAAAGAAUGUUCUGCAGAAUCACAAAGGUAUCAUGGUUAAAAGGUUGGUUUGGAAAAUGGGUAUUGCUACCAAAAAGCGCAAGUUUAAGAAAAGACGUCGUUUACUUCGAGACGUCAACAACGAGGCUUUGCAGUACCUUGACACUGUGGAUAAAGAAAAAUGGAAUUUGGCGUAUGACAAUCACAAAAGAUGGGGUGAGAUGACCACUAAUGUGGUGGAAUCUUACAACAACGUGUUGAGAGGCGCAAGAGAACUCCCAAUCAAGGCUUGCAUUGAUAUGACAUUUUGGAGGACAAUAGAAUGGUUCAAUCAGCGGUCAAUUGCAUCAACACAGUGUGCCACACCACUUACCCCGUGGGCGCAUGAAAAGGUGUGCAAAAAUGAUGCAAAGGGUCAGUUACAUAAUGUGAGAGCACCAAGCACAAUGCGAGGGAUUUAUGUGGUUCGAACACAACGUCGAGUUGGAGGAAAGGGUGGUAACAAGUGGAAGGUGAAGUAUUUGGAGUCGAACUGCAAAUGUCAAAAGUGGCAGAUGUGGAGACUUCCGUGUUCACAUGCAGCGGCAGUUGUGCGGUUUAGAAAUGACAACAUGUUAUCGCUUGUUAACCCUGUAUACCACACAAGUGUUUGGGCAUUGUCAUAUUUCACCUAUACAACAUGA